AUGGAAGACGAAGUCGCAGCUCUCGUAAUUGACAAUGGCUCCGGCAUGUGCAAAGCCGGCUUUGCUGGCGAUGAUGCCCCGAGGGCCGUAUUUCCUUCCAUAGUUGGACGUCCUCGCCACCAUGGGGUCAUGGUCGGCAUGGGCCGAAAAGACUCUUACGUUGGCGACGAAGCCCAGUCCAAACGUGGUAUUCUCAGACUUCAGUAUCCGAUUGAACACGGUAUCGUUACCAACUGGGACGAAAUGGAGAAAAUCUGGCAUCACACCUUCUACAACGAGCUGCGAGUCGCUCCGGAAGAACAUCCAGUCCUCCUGACCGAAGCCCCGAUCAACCCAAAGUCGAACAGGGAGAAGAUGACGCAGAUCAUGUUCGAAACGUUCAACUCACCGGCAUUCUACGUUUCCAUCCAGGCUGUACUCUCUCUCUACAGCUCGGGGAGAACGACAGGAGUCGUUGUCGACUCAGGGGACGGCGUAACACACGUCGUGCCCAUCUACGAGGGCUUCUCGAUGCCGCACGCCAUCUCCCGCAUCGACAUGGCAGGGCGCGAUCUCACAGACUAUAUGAUGAAGCUGCUCUCGGAGCGAGGCUACCCAUUCUCGACCUCAGCCGAGCGCGAGAUCGUCCGCGACAUCAAGGAGAAGCUGUGCUAUGUCGCCCUGGACUACGACAAGGAACUGCAGACGGCGGAGCAGAGCUCGAGCGUCGAAAAGAACUAUGAGCUGCCCGAUGGCCAGGUAAUCACCAUCGGCAACGAACGCUUCCGCGGGCCCGAGGCGCUGUUCGACCCCUCCGUGCUGGGUCUUGAGAGCGGCGGGAUCCACCAGGUGCUGUACAACUCGAUUAACAAGUGCGAUAUUGAUGUGCGGAAAGAGCUGUACGGUAAUAUGGUUAUUUCUGGUGGUACGACCAUGUUCCCAGGCAUAACCGACCGCCUGCAACACGAGGUCACGAACAUGGCGCCCUCCUCAAUGAGGGUGAAGGUGAUCGCGCCACCCGAGCGGAAGUACUCGGUCUGGAUAGGAGGCUCUAUCCUCGCGUCUCUGUCCACGUUCCAGCAGAUGUGGAUUUCAAAGCAGGAAUAUGACGAGAGUGGACCGUCUAUUGUGCACCGAAAAUGCUUCUAA